CCGCCGCAGCCGCCGGAGGAGGAUGGAGUUCCUCGGGGACAAGUUCGCCUUGAAGAGCCCCCCGACGGGGACGCCGGGCAAAGCGGGGGACUUCUACCUGGGCUCCGGGGGCCCUUUGGAGCACGUCAUGGAGGCCCUGGACGGCGGUGGCGGAGGCGGAGAGGCCUUCUAUGGAGGAGGCAAAGCAGGCGGCAAAUGCGUGGGGCCCGGGGGAUACCCGCCUCACCCCCGACUCGAGAGGGCCUCCCCGGGCAGAGAGGGCGCCGUGACUUACGGGAUUACGAAAGUCGAAGGUCAGGCGCUUCACACAGAGCUGGGCAGGCCCUUGGACAACUGCAGCAGCCUUCGCCUAUCUCCUGUGAAAGGGAUGCAGGAGAAAGGAGAGCUGGAUGAACUUGGAGAUAAAUGCGACAGCAACGUUUCCAGCAGCAAGAAGAGGAGACACAGGACCACUUUUACCAGUUUGCAGCUGGAAGAAUUGGAAAAAGUGUUCCAGAAAACCCAUUACCCUGAUGUUUAUGUAAGGGAGCAGCUGGCUCUGAGAACAGAACUCACAGAAGCCAGGGUUCAGGUCUGGUUCCAAAACCGAAGAGCAAAGUGGAGAAAGAGAGAACGAUAUGGGCAAAUCCAACAAGCAAAAAGUCACUUUGCUGCUACCUAUGAUAUAUCUGUUCUACCAAGGACCGACAGCUAUCCACAGAACAUGGAGUCACCCAAAGAAGUUGACUGGCAGCAGGUUCAGGACAGACAGAAGGAGAUCCAGAAUAACUUAUGGGCAGGAAAUGCAGGUAGCAGUUCUGUGGUGACUUCGUGCAUGCUUCCACGUGACAGUUCUUCUUGUAUGACCCCUUAUUCCCAUUCGCCUCGGACAGAUUCUGGGUACUCAGGCUUUUCAAACCAUCAGAGCCAAUUCAGCCAUGUUCCACUGAAUAAUUUUUUCACUGACUCUCUACUUUCUGGAACGACCAAUGGACACGCAUUUGAAACCAAACCAGAAUUUGAACGGAGGUCUUCCAGCAUUGCGGUUCUACGAAUGAAAGCCAAAGAACAUACUGCUAAUAUCUCCUGGGCCAUGUAAUGUAACAGAAUCUCUUUCUUUUUCAAUGUCAGGCAACCCAGAUGCCUCUGUCUCCCAAUUUUUAUUUCCCAUACUUAAAGGACCCAACAAUAAGCUGCUGUGUGAAGACUUGCUAGUGAUCAAGAUGUACAGUGGAGCCUGCUUAAGCAAAUACCUAAUAUGCUAUUUAACAAUAACGUUUAAGCAUAAGCAUGUUUGAGGAUUAAAUACAGCCACCAUGCGCCAAGUUCCAGAAGCCCUCUUAAACAAAUAGCCAAAUUAUGUUUUAUUGUACUGGUUGAUGAAAUAUGAUUGUAAAACCUGCAAAAAGAAUAAACCUGUAAAAGUAGUACAUCUGCUAUAUAUUGCUUGAUGUCAG